GUAAAUUCCUUUUUGUUUGAAGAAAAUUUACAACUUGGUAAUAGACCUUUUUAUGACCUAUUUGGGCUCGUCAUUGGCUGAGGCUGGUCAUGUGCAGGCAGUGAUGGCUUUCAUGGCCUUUUUCCUGAUUUCCCUGGCGAAUUUCCCCCUGCAUUCUGCCUUCUGAGAGCCUCAACCCCUCUUUUUCUAACCUUUGUCUCCGAUGAGGUGUAUUACAGUCGCUAUGAUGUUUGUGUACUGAUCCAUUUUAGACCAGGGCUCUUAAAAAAAACCUCGCCCGAUUUCUGCGGGCUGCUACCUUGUCAGCCUCCAGCUAUUUUGAGGACUCAUAAGCGAGCAUCUCGCUGCCGAGUGGCAAGGUCCCAGUCUGCCAGGCUGGCUCCCGGAGCCAGGUUGUUUUGGGUAGAGCUCUCUCCCUGUACCUGUUAGCCCAUUGUCUUUUGCCUUUUUAUUUUAUGCGGCUCGGAUUGCUAUCAACCCGUCUAAUGGAUUACAGCGACCCUCCUCGGCUCCCCUGCCUUCUUCCAGUGCAGCGAGCGGGUUCGACACAAUGGAAAGACGUCUACAGUACGUCCCAACGGAUUAUCCAAAGGAAUCCGAAGAUCCUACAAAAAGAGUUAAAGUCAAAAAUCAAGAAAAAACAUAAGUGUGGUGGCUUCCUAGGCAGUGAGUGGCCCGGGCCGACCACGUGAGCCGCUGGGACCCAGUCAAUGUUAUUUGAGCAGGGUCCCCAGGCCUUGGCGAUCCCAGAGAGCAAGAUGCAGAAAACCGCUUACUACGAUAACUCGGGGCUCUUCGGGGGCUACACGUACAGCAAAGCCGACGCCUACAGCUACAGCUCGGCCCACCAGCCUUAUGCACAAGCCGCCCUGGACACAGACUACCCGAGCUCCGCCUGCUCCAUCCAGAGCUCGGCGCCCAUCCGAGCCCCGACCCACAAGAGCAGCGAGCUGAAUGGCAGCUGCAUGCGGACCAACGGCGGCAGCCAGGCAGGCAGUCAGCCCCCGGGUAUAGGCGAGCAGCAGCAGCCGCCUGCGCUGCCCCCCUCCUCCCCACCGAAUCCCACCAAUGCGGCCCCGCCGAAAAAAACCAAAGGCGGCCCCAAUUCCUCCGGCUCUUCCACGGCCACCAUUAGCAAACAGAUCUUCCCCUGGAUGAAAGAGUCCCGGCAAAACUCCAAGCAGAAAAACACCUGCGCCGCUUCAGGAGACAACUGCGAAGAUAAAAGUCCCCCCGGCCCGGCUUCCAAGCGAGUCCGCACUGCCUAUACCAGCGCGCAGCUGGUGGAGCUGGAGAAGGAGUUUCAUUUCAACCGGUAUCUCUGCCGCCCACGCAGAGUGGAAAUGGCCAACCUUCUAAACCUGACGGAGCGCCAGAUAAAGAUCUGGUUCCAGAACAGGAGAAUGAAGUACAAAAAAGACCAGAAAGCCAAAGGGAUCAUGCACUCUCCUGUAGGACAGUCCCCUGACCGAAGUCCACCCUUAAGUGGCCCAAAUCACGUAGGAUAUUCCAGCCAGCUUCCAACUGUAAAUAGUCUUAGCUAUGAUGCUCCUUCGCCAACAUCCUUUGCCAAAUCACAGCAAAACAUGUAUGGCCUGGCUGCUUACACAGCACCUCUCAGCAGCUGUUUACCCCAGCAGAAACGAUACCCGGGAGCAGAGUAUGACCAUCACACCAUGCAAAGCAGCGGCGGCUUUGCCAAUCCCAAUCUGCAGGGCAGCCCCGUUUAUGUCGGAGGUAACUUUGUUGAUUCCAUGCCAGCUCCUGGCCCAAUGUUCAAUAUCGGCCAUCUUUCUCAUCCUUCAUCCGCUAGCGUGGACUACAGCUGCGCUGCUCAGAUCCCAGGCAACCAUCACCAUGGACCUUGUGACCCUCAUCCUACAUACACAGAUCUUACUUCUCAUCACACAUCUCAGGGAAGGAUUCAGGAAGCACCCAAACUAACGCAUCUGUAGUGGACUGGGACGGAUUGAGAGAGCGAAAUGUACUCACGUUUAAAUUACCUCACUUUUCUGACGUUACAGUGUUACUUUCCUCUGAGUGCCAACAGUAUUAGUGGAUUUCUCUCCCCUAACAGCUACGUUCUUUUUUUGCGACUCUAAAUAAGUCAAUGAAAAGGAUCCUUUCUUUUAUAGCUGUUUAAAGCAUGACAGUGCAAUAUACUGCAAACCAAGGGGCUAAUAAUCUGGUAAUGAUGUACUUGAAGGUAAGUCUUAUAGAUCAAUUAGUAUUAGCAGCGCGUCAUGCUGAGGUGUUUUUAGACCAAUUGUGAACGAUGGGAUCUUGCCUGCAUAUAAACUUAUUUCAGAGAAGUUAAUUUAUGAAUUCUUCAGUAAUGUAAGGAUUGCAUUGGACUAAAUGAUAUGUAUUUAUUGUUUUAAGCGAGACAUUUUUGUAUCACUGAUUAUUUAUCCUCGUCUUAAUGUAUUUAUGUGGAUAUUUGUAGAAUUUAUUCACCAUAACUUCGGGAGAUUGAGUCAGGUCCCUGGUGACUAUUACAUUUCACCUAUUUAGUAUAUUUGGUCUGAACUAGUUGAGAGAGUAGUUUUGAACAGUUGUAACAGUGGCUGGUGUUUGUAGUUUAUGUAAGGAUUAAUUAAGACUGUAAGUCUUUAAUAGAGUAAAACAAACUGUGGCAUCACACAAUAGCCCUAACGCCUUUUUAUAAAGUGUAUUUAUUUCAAAUUGUCUGGUGCCGUUUGAACAUCUAUUUAGAUUUUAAAAAGUAAGCCACCUUUUAAAGUUGGAAGUGUGUCUGUUUUAAUAAUGCAAGCUGCAAAGCGGAACACUCGGCCAUUUUGUUUCUGAUAAACUUCUGCAUACAAAAACCUCCGAGAGGUUGGCAUUUAUUUAUUGAUUAGCUAUCUCUUGCACACAUUAAUUCGGUGGGCUAUUUUGUUGGUAUUACAUUCUAGCUAUCUGAAAUAGAAAAAGCUUAGAAUGCAAAGAAAAUUAAAAUAGAAACCAUCUAAUAGUGAUAAUUUAAUUAGGGUUUCCAUAGCAAUCCGAGCUGCAGCUGCCCGUCUCCUUUGUUAUUUAUACUGUUGUCUUUAUACUAACCAUAAAUCAAUUUUUUAGACAUUAUUGGAAGCCCGAGCUUAAUUUCGCGCAUUAAAACAAUGAAAGAAAAUUGACAAUCAAAUAUAUACAAAUGAAAGGAAGCCGCUAAGUUUAGAAACUGAGGCACAGUGUAGGUAAACAAACUAUUCCGAGAUGAUCACAAUAGCUUUUAGUUAGGAAAGUUAUCUCCAUCCGUGUAAUCUUCUGUAGCAGACAUUGAUACAUUCUUUGUGAAAACAAAUCUUACUGCCAUAAUUAACAGAAUAUUUCAUAAAAGAAACAAACAUCUUGGUUCCUCCUUUUUAUUUAUAUCACGGUGUUUAAUCUCUUGCCGGAUUUACAACGAUUUUGUAAACGUAGAACUGGUAUUAGCAAUGUUAGUAACCAGACAUGUCCUUCCAGGAAGACGUUAUUCUUAUCGCGUUUACAAAUGCUCAGUUAAGAUUCAGAUCUUCUGUAUUCCCAGCAAAAUCGUCCCGACGCAUCACUUUUUAGUUUGACAAGUAACUGCCGCCCCUGCGCCAUCCCCUGAUGACAAGACCUGGAAUUCCUAGUGUGAGAAAUACUUAACUCCUAGAAUUCUGGUCAACACGGGAAAUCUUUAUUUUCUGAUCCUUGUGUUUCGCUGGACAACAAUGCUUCGAAAUAUUAUUUAGUUUUUCCUCUGUGUUAUUUUUAAAAUGUCACUUACGCUGAGAAAAGAAGUGUAUCCUUUUGUUAAGUUUCAACUUUUACCCCAGCAGAUUUGAAUAUACGUGUUGUAGAUCUGUAAACAAAACAGAAUAAACUACUUUGAUCGAAGACAUAUUUUAACCACUUCGAGACCUACCAUUGUUUCCUAUGACACAUAUCGAUUAUUUCGUCAGAGUUAAGCCAUUACUAUUUUAAAUAAAUAAUCACUAAGAUAAAUAGUAAUAAACUCUAUUCGUGAAUUAUACAAAUACGAUGCUUUGUGUUACAGUUUGCAGGGAAUAGAUCAAAAACUGAACUGGUACAUGUAGAUUAGUUUUAUGUUCUUCAGACGAAAGCAUAUUUAACUUCAUCCGCCUAUAAAUAAAAAAUGCAUAAUCAGUAUAUUCCAGUUGGCAUUUUAUAGUAUCUUAUGUUACUCAACGUGCAUCUUCUGAGUCUGCGGGUGUCUACAAUCCAAGUGUUGUCUACUGUUUAAUGUUUUAUGGGCUAGACUUCACAUAGUGUCUGGGCUGCGUUACAUCAUUAGUUCAUUUAAAAUUCAUGUUAC